CCGAGGGCAGGCAGGCUGAUCAGCUGGGAAGCGUGCAUUAAGCUAAACAACCCAGUGGGAGGAGGGAGGAUGAGUCCAACAGGCUGAGAGCUGCAAAGCUGCUGCUUGUGGAGCUCCAUAUCCGGCUGGAGCAAAGAAAAACAGGAUGAAGCUGCUGCGGGUGCUAUCUCAAUGUUGUCUGCGCCUUGCUGAUUAGUCCAGGGGAGCAACAGCUCGGCGAGAGCACAGCAGCCGCUGAAAAAGCAGAAGCUGCCACAAGGCAGAUCCACCUCCGUCAUGAGCACCCUCUACUUGUGGGAUCAGCUGCGAGCCGGCAGCUCCGAGGUAGACUGGUGCGAAGAUAACUACACUAUCGUGCCCACGAUAGCCGAGUUCUACAACACGGUGUGUAUCGAGCACAUUUUAUGUGUGUGUACAUCUGUAUGCGUGUCCCUGUGCCCUGCAGUGCCUGCAGUACACUCGAUAAGCAACAUCUUGUUUUUUGUUUUACCACCCAUAUGUAUGUGCUUAUUUCGUCAAUAUGCAACCUGCUUCAACAGUGGAAUAUACUUAAUAUGGACUCUGCUAGUUGUUGUUGGAAUUGGAUCUGUCUAUUUCCAUGCUACACUCAGUUUCCUGGGUCAGAUGCUAGAUGAGCUGGCUAUUCUUUGGGUCCUGAUGUGUGCUCUGGCCAUGUGGUUCCCCAGAAGAUACCUCCCAAAAGUUUUUCGAAAUGACAGGGCAAGGUUUAAAGCUGCAGUUGGUGUCCUUUCUGGAGUUACUACAUGCCUUGCAUUCAUUAAGCCUGCUAUCAACAACAUCUCAUUAAUGACACUAGGCGUUCCCUGUACUGCUCUGCUUAUUGCUGAGUUGAAGAGGUGUGAAAACUUGCGUGUGUACAAGCUGGGCCUCUUUUCAGGUCUUUGGUGGAUGUUAGCACUUUUCUGCUGGAUCAGUGACAAAGCAUUUUGUGAGAUCUGGUCUUCAUUUAACUUUCCGUAUUUGCACUGUGUAUGGCACAUCCUCAUUUGCCUUGCUGCUUACCUAGGUUGUGUCUGUUUUGCCUACUUCGAUGCUGCCUCCGAGAUCCCUGAACAGGGCCCUGUCAUAAAGUUCUGGCCCAGUGAAAAAUGGGCUUUCAUUGGUGUCCCCUAUGUCACCCUCCUCUGCGCACAUAAGAAAUCACCUGUGAAGAUUACAUGAACAAGCACCUAGUGGAGGGGACAAUCUAUUUAUUUUUUCAUCACAGACUGUACUUAGGUAAAGGUAGUGGCUAGGGUUGUUUUUUCUGACUAAUAUGCAUAUGGUGUUCACAAGUGUUUUGUUAACACAUGGUAAAAUAUGACCUUUCCUCACUUUUCUGGAGAGGAGGCCAGAAGGUUUAUUGUGGUGCUCCUGAACAUUUAUAUUAGAACUCUGUAUUGACACUGGUUGGGUUUGUUUUGCACUCUGUUUUUGAUGUAGCAUCCAUCAUGAUAUACUGGUAAUUCUUUCCAAAUAUCAAAGUUAAGGCUAUUUUUCUAGGUCAGCCAAAACAGCUGACUGUAAGAGACUGAUUCUCUUUUCAUGUUGGGUCUAUUUAGUGAAGGAACAGUGAGGGGGACAAAGGUGCUUUUAAGCCAUCUUUGUGCCUCCCCUAUUCUGUGCCCAGCUCCGAGUAUACGUUAGAGCAGUGCUGAGCAUGCUUUAAUUUGCACCUGGUUGCAUUUAACCAUAAGUUGCCAUGGUGGUAUUCCAGCGAUGUUUUUUUCCACAGUCACGUCUCCACGUGUGGACUGCAGAGGAUGGGUAGUGUAGAACCAUUGUGGCAGCUCUGCACUGCAUGGGAAAUUCCCCAGUAGCUAAAUACAUUAUCUGAGCUGCAGAAGAGGAUGGCAACAAAGGAAAAUCGGACCCAGAAUUGUUACACUGGUAUAAAACAAGAGUAAGUGAGAAGAAGAACAGGCCUUAAAUCCAAAUAAGAAAUUCAGGAACCCUAAAUUCCUAAUGUUUUCCUCAAACAGUUCAGAAUGGAAUGACGGUGUCUUUUGGCUAAAUUAUCUACAGGAUGCUAAUGAGUAUCAGCUUGCGUGGGGUGUAGAGGAACCUGGUAGCCAUUACAAACGUAUUUAAAGCGACAGAGAGUCCUGCGGCACCUUAUAGACUAACAGAAGUAUUGGAGCAUAAGCUUUCGUGGGUGAAUAUCCACUUUGUCAGACGCAUGGGAGUCUAAUGUGAUAUAAUCUCUACUGUAAUAUAGAAAGUUUCCCAUUUAAAGUGUAUAUAUUCCCAAUAAGCAUAUGAUGAUGGUUAUAAAAAUCCCCUUCUAUCUCUGGGCUUUAAUCUUUUUUCUCCAGAUGUGGUAAAUUUUAAGGGUGAGACUUUCAAAAGCAUUUGAUAUUGGCCUAACUGCUCCCACAAAUUAUAUGGGAGUUGUACCAAUAACUUCAAUGGGAGCAGCGUUCAGCCAAUACUGAGCAGUUUUGAAAAUCCCACCCUAAACUAUUAACAUUAAAAUUUGGAUUAAACUAUUAAUAAAUAAAACAAAACCCUAGACUCCAAGUCCAGUUGGUGAGAGUUAGUUUCUGACUAAAGCCUUUCAAGUAGUAGUUUUAUUUAGAAAAGGUAAAUGACCACUUAAAACCAUAUUUAGGGCCUGCAUGUCUUUCCAAUAAGCAGUGAAGUUUAAAACUUCAGUGAUUACAUUCUUUGAAGGAAUGUGUGGUGUAAUUUUUGCCAUUUGUAUCAACCUGUCUUGUAAAACAUUAGGGACAGUCCAAAAGGGUAGUAUCUGAAUCCAGUUUAGUUUUAAGGCUGCUGUUUGAUUUUUGACUCCGAGUUAGGCCUAUGGUUGAAAGUCACUUGCACUGAAAUCUUGCAAGUUGUUUUCACAAGUUUUUAGCAAAAAUGAUGCAAGGAUGGAGUCACUGAUUUUCUGAGACUUCUACCAUCUUUAACUAUUGUGAUCAGCUGUUCUUGAGAGAGAGGGUCCUUACUGUUUGAGAUCCAAAUCCAUACCUAAACUGUAGGGGUGGGGCUUCAAGGAAUUGGAUUUGAGGUUCUGGUUAUGGCCUGCCUCUCUAAAAUAUUUAACUUCUAA